GCGCCCCUCCAUGCGCCGGAGGCGCAGCCUUCCCGCCGCCCCCGCCGCCAUUGCCUGCCGAUGGAGGAGGCCCAGCAGCUAAGGCGGCGGGGCAGCUGGACGCAGAAGAUGCAGGCGCCGCGGCUUUGAUUUGCGGUGAUCUCGUCCGCUGCUGGGCUGGAUGUCUGGUGGAGGUGGCCUUCCUUCGCCGCUGCAAGCUGCGGGCCGUCCAGGACGAGCAGUUUGACCUCGCGCAAAUCGCCAAGAGCCAGGAGCCCGAGGCGCGACCCCUUGCGUAUGCCCAUCCCAGUCGCUGGUUCCUGGAUGCAAACAAACCGAUCUGCCAUCAUGGCCACGAUUAGCCUACUGCCUUUGAUGUGCAGCACUCUCCUGCCAGGUGUC